UAUAUUUGAGAUAAAAAAGAUAUUAUGAUUAGGGUGGAGAAGAAUCGGAUUUAGUUCCGUAUAUGGUUAUAGUGGGCUGGGUGGUGGCGUCUGCUGAGGUGUGUUAACUGCCGGUCCUGAGAAAAUGUCGUAUAAUAACCUUUCCAUCUGGGCAUCAUUGCCGCGCACUCAGAGAGGACAGCCCAUUGUGUUGGGAGUGGAUCCUAAGGGGAAGAAACUCCUCUAUGGCAAUGGAAAUUCUGUCAUUAUUCGUGACCUAGAGAAUCCAGCUAUUGCUGAUGUGUACACUGAACACUCGAUCCAGGUCAACGUUGCACAGUACGCUCCUUCAGGAUUUUACAUCUGCUCUGGAGAUCAGCAUGGCAAGGUGCGCAUAUGGGACACCAUAAAUCCUGAACACAUUCUUAAGGCAGAGUACCAACCCCUUGGAGGCCCGAUCCGGGACAUAUGCUGGUCUCAUGACUCUCAGCGAAUAUGUGUUGUUGGAGAAGGUCGAGGAAAGUUUGCUCAUGUGUUCAUGAUGGACACAGGAGCAUCAGUGAAGGGGGACUUGUCUGGUCACACAAAGGCCAUUAAUUCAGUUUCCUGGAAACCAACUCGCCCAUUCCGCAUUGCUACUGGUUCAGAGGAUAGUAAAUCAGCUUUCUUUGAAGGUCCUCCAUUUGUGUUCAAGUGUACCAAGAGUGAUCAUACCAAGUUUGUUCAAUCUGUUCGCUAUUCACCCAAUGGUGAGAGGUUUGCCACUGGUGGAUUUGAUGGCAAGAUAUUCAUCUACAAUGGUUCAAAUGCUGAUCUGGAGAAGGAGCUUGGUAGCCCAGCACAUAAAGGUGGAAUAUAUGCAGUAUCAUGGAGCCCUGACAGCAAGCAACUGUUGUCAGCCAGUGGAGACAAGUCAUGUAAGCUAUGGGAUGUGGAAUCUGGAGAUGUGGUUGCAGAGUUCCCCAUGGGCAACGAGCUUGAGGACCAGCAGAUGUCUUGCAUAUGGGCUGGAAAUUUCUUGGUUUCUGUCUCACUCUCAGGGUUCCUGAACUUCCUUGACCCAUCUAAUCCUACCAAGCCCAAGAAGAUUGUAAAGGGACACAACAAACCCAUUACUCGAGUAGCCUUGUCAUCUGACGGCAGCAGUCUUUACACAACAGGAGUUGAUGGAACCGUUACUGUUUGGGAUGUUGCAACAGGUGAGAAUGACCGCAUCGCUGGCAAGGGUCAUGGAAAUCAUGUCAGCGGCUUAAUUGUCACGGACACUGCUGCUUACACUGCUGGCAUCGAUGACAGCAUUAAGGUCAUUGAUCCUGUUGAACGUUGUUAUACUGGUGUAUCCAUUUCUCUUGGUUCACAACCCAAGAUGAUUGCUACUCUGGAUGAUGGCCUUAUUGCUGUUACAACUAAAGAGAUAUGUGUUAUACGUGAUGACAAAAAGGUUGGUAGUUUCCCAAUCAGUUGGGAUGGUCUUUGUGUAGCAGCCUUAAAAGAUGGUGGCAAUGAAGUGGCUGUAGGAGGUGGUGACAACCUUAUCCAUGUGUACACGCUUAGUGGCAACACUUUAACAGAGAAAACUACCUUGGAGCAUCUAGGACCAGUUACUGAUUUGAGCUACUCUCCAGACAAUGGUUACCUUGUUGCCUGUGAUGCCAAUCGAAAGGUGUUGGUUUAUACUCUGCCUUCAUAUGAAAAAUUCAACAAGAUAGAGUGGGGAUUCCAUAAUGCAAGAAUCAACUGUGUGGCCUGGAGCCCCGACAGUCGUAUGGUAGCCAGUGGUUCCCUUGACACAAUGAUCAUCAUUUGGAGCUUAGCCCAACCCAACAAACAUAUCAUCAUAAAGAGUAAGGGAUUUCCUCUUUCUUUAGCAAGUUACUUUAAGAAAUCUUCACAUAAUCCUUGUUCCACUAAAAAGCUCAUCAUCUAUUUUGUAGCAUUUCAUAAAUAGUGGGUUCUCGUACCCUCCUGGUAGGAUGCUAGUCUGCUAAAGGGUUGUUGGCAGGCAUGUUUGAUGGUGUAUUAUUUACAUGCUGGGUUUACAAGGACUGAACCCAGUCCUCAUCUCUGGUUGGGAGUCAAACCCAUGGCCAUUUGCCUGACAGGUAAGCGCUCUACCAACUGAGCAAUUAUCCUUCGUUUGUACAAAGCUGCAUUGUAAGUGGCCAAGGAUAGUUUCCUUCCAAAAUUUUAAACCCCAAGUUGAGUUGGUGCAUCAUAACAUGUGUGUUUGUUUUCUAGCUGUAGUCUGGACAAAGUGCUGCCUGCAGUUAUGUACAGUAGUUGUAUUAAGUGUCCUUUUACAGUAGAACCUCGAUAAAUCGGACUAAUUGGUGCAGACCCCACUCCGGAAAAAUGCAAAAGUUGGAAAAAGGUUAACAUGUGGGGAUGGAGAUAACACUGCUUGUCUGAACUGUUCAAAGAAUAUCAGUUGAUGUUAUGUUAUUACUGCACUUCAACAACUAGUCGUUAAGUGUAUAACAAAGUUAUUAAAAGAAUAUUACAUCAACAAUAUAAAAAAAUAUAUGAAACAGAACUUUCUGGGUUGAAAAUCAGACAUAAAAGUCUGGUUGUGAACAACUAUUGUCACUGAGAUGAUUGAUAGAGUCCAGGAAAAAAGUCACAAGAAAAAAGUUCACAGAAAAAACCUAACCUAACCUAGCCAUAUAAAUUUUGUUGUCAAUGUGUACAAGUCAUGUAUUGUCAG